ACAUCAUCAUCAGUUCAUCAGUUUCGAAAAUCACUCAUCAUCCUCCUCCUGAUCCCUUCUAGAACACUUCCAUUCCCUAUUAUUCUCUGUCGUUUUCUAGAUCGGAGAUUUGCGAAAGAAAUUGUUGAAAAUCAUCAAUGGCAACUGCCGCGACUCUAAAUCCAGCUGAGGCUGAGAAGCUCGAGAAGCUUAAAGCUGCUACAGCGGCGCUCAAUCAAAUCAGUGAAAACGAGAAAUCUGGAUUCAUCAACCUCAUCACUCGCUAUCUUAGCGGCGAAGCGCAGUAUGUUGACUGGAGCAAGAUCCAGACACCCACAGAUGAGGUUGUGGUGCCUUAUGACACCUUAGCACCCGUGUCUGAAGAUCCUGCAGAAACAAAGAAGCUUUUGGACAAACUGGUCGUGUUAAAGCUCAAUGGCGGCUUGGGCACGACAAUGGGUUGCACUGGUCCAAAGUCGGUCAUUGAGGUUCGCAAUGGUUUGACGUUCCUUGACUUGAUAGUUAUCCAAAUCGAGACACUCAACAAGAAGUACGGAUGCAAUGUACCCUUGCUUCUAAUGAACUCCUUCAACACACAUGAUGACACGCUGAAGAUUGUAGAAAAAUAUGCCAAGUCAAACAUCGAAAUUCACACAUUCAACCAGUCUCAAUACCCUCGAUUGGUGGUUGAAGAUUUCAUGCCACUUCCAUCUAAAGGAAAUACUGGAAAGGAUGCAUGGUAUCCUCCUGGCCAUGGUGAUGUGUUCCCAUCCUUGAUGAAUAGUGGCAAACUUGAUGCUUUAUUAUCACAGGGGAAGGAAUAUGUAUUUGUUGCAAAUUCAGAUAACUUGGGUGCAGUUGUUGAUUUAAAAAUCUUAAACCACUUGAUCAGUAACAAGAACGAAUACUGCAUGGAGGUCACUCCAAAAACAUUGGCUGAUGUUAAAGGUGGUACACUCAUUUCUUAUGAAGGAAGAGUGCAGCUCCUGGAAAUAGCUCAAGUUCCUGAUGAACAUGUGAAUGAAUUCAAGUCGAUAGAGAAGUUCAAAAUUUUCAAUACCAACAACUUAUGGGUGAACUUGAAAGCAAUCAAAAGACUUGUACAAGAAAGUGCACUGAAGAUGGAGAUUAUUCCAAAUCCAAAGGAAGUAGAUGGGGUGAAAGUUCUUCAACUUGAAACUGCUGCUGGCGCUGCAAUAAGGUUCUUUGAUCGUGCUAUUGGCAUCAACGUUCCUCGAUCUCGAUUCCUCCCAGUAAAGGCAACUUCUGAUCUGCUUCUGGUCCAGUCCGACCUGUACACUUUGUCUGAUGACGGCUAUGUGGUCCGCAACGAGGCUAGGAAAAAUCCAACUAACCCAACUAUUGAAUUGGGACCUGAAUUUAAGAAGGUCGGCAACUUCUUAAGUCGUUUCAAGUCUAUUCCCAGUAUUGUUGAACUAGAUAGCCUGAAGGUGAGCGGCGAUGUGUGGUUUGGAUCUGGCAUCACCCUGAAGGGGAAAGUGACAAUAGCUGCAAAACCUGGAACCAAGUUAGAAAUUCCUGACAGAGCUGUAAUUGCUGAUAAGGUUAUAAAUGGCCCUGAGGAUAUUUAAGAGGUCUAAUUCUCUGGAAGUGAUGCAUAGUUUUGCAGAAGCGAUGGGGACUUUUUGGUUGUGAUGACACUUGUUUAACUUUCUAUGGGUUAUGUAGUCACUUAUGGGGCUUGCUUUCUUGGUUGCCUGAUUAGCACAUAUAUAGUUGACGGUAAAAAAUAAAUGGACGGUUUUGUUCCGCAAUGCUGAGUUGUUAUAUGUGUUUUGUUUUUUAUUUUUUUAAUACAUGUUAUCAAAUUGUGAUCGUCAGUAGAGAAGUUUCGACUUUUGAGGCCGUAAAAA